UUGUGUGCUCUGGUCCGUGGAUAACCAGAGGAAAUGGAGGAGUUCUUCGAGGACAGCGAGAUAUUCGUGACGGGCGGAUCGGGAGUGGUGGGCAAGGCGCUGAUCGAGAAGCUCCUGCGCUCCUGCAAUGUCCGCCGCAUCUACGUCCUACUGCGUCCUCGCAGGCAGCUUUCUGCCCAGGAGAGACUCCUCCGCCUGCGCCAGGCGACGGUCUUCCAUGUGCUGGCCGUCGAGAAGCCACAGGAGCUGGAUAAAAUAGUGGCGGUGCCGGGGGAUGUCUCACUCCCCGGACUAGGCAUCGAUCCAUCGAUGGUGGAGCGCAUGAGGGGCGUUUCCCUAGUUUACCACUGUGCCGCCACGGUGCGUUUCGAUGAGCCACUCCGCGUGGCACUCCGCUUGAAUGUCGGCGGCACCUUGGAGGCGCUCAAGUUUGCCGAGAACCUGCCCCAAUUGCGGGCCUUCGUCCAUGUGUCCACCUUCUACAGCAAUCCAUAUCUGAAGCGGGUGGAGCCCAAGUACUACUCAUCGCCGAUGGACUGGCGAUUGUGCCUGCGACUAAUCGACGAAGUUACAGACGACCGGAUGCUCAACGCGCUCACAAGAAAGUUAAUCGUGGGCUUCCCCAACACGUAUACUUUUACCAAGAACCUGGCUGAAUCCCUGGUAAAUGACUUCCGCCAUCGCUUGCCGCUGAUAGUGUACCGACCGUCCAUAGUUCUGUUUGCGGUGGACGAUCCGUCACCUGGUUUCUCGCCCUCUUUAAUGGGCGCCAUGGGACUGUUUGCUCUGGUGGGCGCUGGAAUCCUGAAGACCGUCUACCUGGGCAAGGACAUCCGACUGGACAUCACGCCGCAGGACAUCGGCAUCAAGAGCAUGCUGUGCUACACGAAGAGGGGAUCCGAGAUCUAUAAGCGUGGUCCGCCGGAGGAGGUGCCCGUCUACCUAUCCUCAUCCUGCACCCACGUGCCGCACACCUUCACCGAGAUCGCCGAGCAAAUGGACACGCUGGACUUGUGGCGGGAUGUGGCGUUCGGGAAGAACCUGAUGAUACCGGGCUGCCACUAUACGGACAAGCGGUGGGUCUACCAGUUCCUCGUCUUCACCAAGCAGAUCCUGCCGGCCAUGAUCAUCGAUCUGCUCCUGAGGAUCUUCGGCCAGAAGCCGAUGCUGAUGAGUGCAGUACGGAAAGCCUACCAGACGCUGGAGGUGAUGCAGCCCUUUAUGUUCAACAACUAUGACAGUCCCGGGGUUACGGACAUGGAGUCCCUGUCCAAGGAGAACGAGGGAACCGCUUUCAACUUGGAUGCCUUCAACCAUCCGGAUAUCCAUGGCCUGGUGAUUAAAUCCUGCGGGGAAAUGCUCCUUAGCAUCCGAACGCACUUGCUGCGCGAGGAUCCAAAAACACUGGAGCGCUCUAAGAUUAUCCUAAGAACGAAGGUCAUAUGCUACCGGCUGUUCCGCCUUUUCCUGCUCUACAAGAUUAUCUUAUGGGUCUGGAGAAGCUAUUUGUCGCAGCUUUUCUAGAUAUAUAUUUUUUUUAAUACUGUUAUGUUUUUAAAUUUCUAUUUUUUGUAAUCCCAGUAGAGUUGAACUUGAAGUCAGCUCCCAAAUAACAAACAAAGUUUUGUCCAGUCAGUCUUUAUAAAAA